AUGUGGAACUUCAGUCUUUUCUCUCGAUCGCAGCCCAAGGCAGCCGAAGAAUCCCCCGUUUUUCCGUCGGAAAAGGACGCUCAGGAUGGAUCGAUACCUCCGGCUGAUGCUGAACCUAUCGAGAAAGAAAGCAGCGACAGCGAGUCCCAGACGACUCCAAAGGCAUCUGCGACGGCUGCACCUGCAGAUCCGAUACCGGCGCUGAACUUGGAUGGCGAUAACACAAAGGAAAAGUCGGACGAGCGGUCAGCUUCAAAUGGGCCUGCAAAGGAGCAGGAGCAGGAGCAGCAGGAGCCUUUGAAUUCCACGUCUGCGUCUCCAUCUGCAACGUCGAACAGCUCCUCCGUCAUGGCUCCUCCCCCGCCUCGACUACCGCAGCAGCAGCAGCAACCAAAACCCACAUCCUCGCAAACCAGUGCAGGCCAGUUUCUCGUCCCUCCCAAACUGAAGUCAUCCACUCCUCUCCGCCCACCGCCCUCUGCGGCCUCGUCCCUCCGCGUUCCCCCAUCGAGCCGUCCCACCAGCAGUACCCUUGCGCCCGCUCAGCGCAACUCCUCGCGAAAAGUCGUUCUCGAACCGGGGCACUCGCCUCUGGACUGGGCCGCGCUGACGUCGAAUCCGAACAACAACCUGCGGGGCGCCAAUCUGCCGCCGCAUUACAUCCGGGUGACGCCGUCGAUGCUGAAGGCGCACAAGUGGGCGGAAGGGUGUCGACGCAUGGACGUCGUACAAGGGGAAGGUGUACAACAUCACGCCGUAUAUACCGUUUCAUCC